AUGGAUCCCAAACCGGCCCGACUCGCUCUCCCCAAUGAACCUUCUUUCAAGGCGUUUUUCCAGCACUUCAAGAGUUCUCCGAAUCGUCCCACAUUUCAUGACUCCGAAUUGGAUAUCGAAGCCGACUACACGCAGUUUCUGCAAGAUGUUUACGCCACUCAAAUGGGGCUUCUGUCAGUAAAAUCUACGGGAUGCAAAGACUGUCCCUAUGUGUUUCUUCUCAAUCCCUGCAACUAUGAGUUCGCUGUCGCAGCUUUUGCGAUUCUUGCGACAGGCCAUGCCGUGGUUCCGCUCGCCCCAGCGAUUAUGCCAGAAGAAGCUAUACAUUUGAUGCGCAUGUGUCGAUCGACUACCCUUCUCAUGGGCUCAACUACAUCUGAGAUCGGGGGCGAGAUGAAGACACAUGCCGCGACCGAGGGCUACCUUGUUGACGCCUUGCCCAUAUACACCAAAAGCAACGAGCCGGUCGAGACAGUCAUUGAUGAGAACUCGGAUAUUGAGCCUAGCAGUCCUGGUAUGAUUGUUUUUACGUCAGGGACAUCAGGACCCCCCAAGGGUGUGGUGCACGGCCGACGCCUAUUCUACGUGACGUAUGAGCCUGAUACGAAGAACGUCUCUUUGUUAAGCGGACCUCCACAAUGGGUUGGCGGUUGCCUUAGAAUUCUCCUGCACACACUUGCUGGAUUUUGCAUUAACAUAGUUCCCCCAGACCCGCGAAUUAUUUGGGAACGCUUGCGUCUGGGAGAUAUCACGUUCAUGAGCAACCCUCCGAUAAUGUGGGGGAGGCUGAGGGAUCAUUUCCUGCAAAACCUGGACCAACUCCCCUCUUCGGAGCGGGAUCAAUAUCUACAUGGGAUGCGAAAUAUCCGAGCUGCAAAUACAUCCGGGUCAGCACUACCUCAACCACUGGGGAGGUUCUGGCGAGAGAUGGGGAGACCCUUAGCCGUCUGUUAUGGUGCUACAGAGCUAGGUAGGAUCUGUCUGAUGACUUCGUAUGACACUGAUCCAGACAUUCAGCGAUGUCUUGGUCAAACACGCCCCGGUAUGUCUGUUCGACUGUCAGAUGGGGACCAUGGUGAGCUGGAAGUUAAGAGUCCUACAAUAUUCUCCGAAUACCUGAAUGACCCUGUGGCAACGAAGAACGCAUUUACCGCCGACGGAUUCUAUAGAACCGGUGAUUGUGGUCACAAGGAGGGAGAGAAUUACGUCUUCGACGGCCGAGUAUCAUCCGACUUUAUCAAGUUCCGCGGGUAUCGAGUGCCUAUAAUCGAGCUGGAAACGCGACUGAACGAGGUUCCCGCUGUGGUUGAAGCCUUUGUCGUUCCCGUACCAGAUGAAAACUUCGGGUUUCGCGUGGGAGCAUUGAUUCAUUUCGAUUCCAAGAAAGCGGAUCAAGCUUUGUCCUUGCAAUAUGUCCGAUCUCAACUAUCAGAAAACGUCCCCAUGUUCAUGAUGCCGACAGCAUUGCGGGCCUUGGCGCCUGAUGAUACAGUCCCACGAACCCCGUCUGGAAAGCUGAUACGCAAAGCUGCCGCUGAGAAGUACUUUCUGCGUACAGACAGUCCUGGCCUAUCUGAUGAUGUGGAGGUUUGGAUUGUCAAGGCAGAGGAACUGCAGGCCCGGAAGCCGUGGGACUGGGGAGGUACACCGAUGACACUUUAA